AUGUUUAAUGUCACACUAAGUCCCACGACUGCCGGCAUAGCCAUAGCGAUCACGGGGAUCAUAUAUUGGCUCGGGUGGUGUGUAUAUUGCAUAUGGUUUCACCCGUUAGCCAAGUAUCCUGGACCCAGGGUCGCUGCCGUAUCUGAUAUAUGGUUUGUCUGGGCCUGGACUACUGGUAAAUACCCGUCCAUCCUCGAAGAAGCUCACAAGAAAUAUGGGGAUGUCGUCCGCAUAUCCCCGAACGAGCUCUCUUUCGGCACGGUCCAGGCACAUCGGGAUAUCUACUCCACGCCCUCUAAGACGAAGAAGCCGUUCUUAAAAUGCGGCAUCUUCUACAACAACGGCGAUGUCUCUAACAUCUUCUACGAGCUGGACCCGGCCGAGCACGCGCGCAUGCGGAAGACGCUUGCCCCGGGCUUCAGCGGCGUGGCUAUGAAGACCCAUGAGCAUAUCAUCCAUCAAUAUGUGGACAUGUUCGUGCGCAAGGUCGGCGAGAUCUGCGCUACGAGACGCGGGGCCGGCGUCGAUGUCGUGGAAGCAGUGCCGUGGUUGGCGUUUGAUGUUAUGGGCGAACUCACCUUCGGCGAAUCUUUCAACGCCGUCGCCUCGGGCCAAACCCAUUUCUGGAUCUCCAUCCUCGCCGACAGCGCGCACGCCGCCAUCCUGCCGAGCUUCGUCCGGCGCGCGCCCAGCCUAAUCCUCCUGAUCCCGUUCAUGCUCUCCAUCUCCUCGCUGCGCAACCUGAAAAAGCACUACUCCUACACGCUCGAAUUGGUACGUCGACGAUUAGCCCGCAGCGACACCGCCGAGAGGGAUAUCUUCACGCCCGUGCUCGAGCAGGAAGGCGGCAUUUCGGAAACGCAGCUGGUGUCGCUGGCGCAGGCCAUGGUUAUCGCGGGCGCGGAUACGGUGACGACGGCUAUGACGACGGCGCUGUACUUUAUGUGUGUGACGCCGGGUUGCUUGGAGAAAUUGGAGAGGGAGGUCAGGGCGCUGGAGUAUGAGCAGCUUACCGGUGUGGAAGUACUGCAGAUGAGGUACUUAGAUGCUGUUAUUGAGGAAUCUAUGCGAUGCUUCCCACCCAUCGCAUUCGGCCUCCCGCGGGUUUCACCCGGCGAAUUUGUGGACGGGUACUUCGUCCCGAAAGGAUCCCGGCUCUCAGCGCCCCAUUGGGUUCUUCACCACAACCCGCAAGUCUGGGAUAAGCCGUACGAGUUCAGACCUGAGCGAUGGCUGAAACAAGAAAACAAGAAUUCAGACCAAGUAACUUUCCCGUUUAGCACCGGGCCUAGGAGUUGCCUGGGUAUCGCGCAAGCCAAUCUGGAAAUGCGGAUUGCGCUAGCAAAGCUGAUUCACACUUUCGAUAUCCGGGCGGCCCGGGACCCUGGAGAUUGGAUCGGAAACGCGCAGAUGAAUAUGAUGUGGAAGAAGGCACCUCUCAUGGUGGAUUUCCGGCCUCGUAAUCGGGAUGACCUGGAUUGUGUUAAAAAGCAGUAGUUUAAGGAUCCGCAUUUAAGUCAUCACUGAAUCUUGAAGGGGUCUCCCGAAUUUGGACGAAGACUGUAAAGGGUAUUAUUUGUGCCAUUGCUUACUCAACAU